AAAAAGGUGUGAGAGGGCCUUUACACUUCACAUAUGUUGUGUUAUUGUUUGACAGAUAAAUAAUUUUUUAUAAUGGGUGAUAGACAAAUGGAUAUUUGAGUGCAUUUUUUUUCUAUUAUUUAAUAAUUUUACUAAUUUUUUGUAUAAUCUUAAUAGGAUGGAUCUCAUAAAAAAUGAAACAAACAAUGAAAUUUUAUUUGAAAAAGCUGUAAUAGAAGUAUUUAAAAGAAUUGCAGAAUCUGUAAACGAAGAAGAUUUUCGGAGAAUUUUAACAAUUCCUUCUUCAAUUAAUUCAAAAUCAAGGAAGUUUUCAAGGAUAUUCACUGAUGAAUUAAACCGUAGUAUGAAUGUAACAUUGAAAGAUAUUAAAAGCAAAGAAGGAAAUUUAACUGAGGGAUUUAAAAACCUCAGUAAUUUAGCUGAAGGAAUUGAUACAACUAUAAAUUCUAAAGUUUGGAGACCUCCAGGUGAUGUAAAAUUACAUCUAAGAUCUCACAGUUCGGAAAAAAUAGUUGCUGAAUGUCAAAUAUUGGAAAGACAAAUUUCCGAAAUGAAAAUGAAAAAUGAUGGGAAAAUUAAAAAAAUUUUACAAAGCCGAAAAGAAAUAUACUCUGUUAAAAAAAAAACAACUUAUUGGUUGAAUGAAAGUAAAUUAACUGUACCAAAUCUGCAAGAAAUUGUUAACAUGUUAGAUGAAUAUAUCAGUUGUAUUGAUGGAUUAGAAUAAAAUUUUGCUUAAACCCUUAACUAAAGUUUGAACCCUA